CCUCCGCAGCCCCUUCCGUGCUGCCAGGUAAGGCCCUGGAGCUACGGUGGGAUCCCCCACCAGGUCCUUCCCGCCUCCCCUCCCUCCCUGGCGCCCAUUAGCUAGCCCGGCCGUGGGGGCGGUGGCUGCUGAGUCUCCGUGCCAGGCCCAACCCCCGGAGACGCACCUGUUCUGACCUGCUGAGCAGGUUCCCAGGUUUCUGCCUUCGUUGUUGGCCGUGGCGUGGGAAGCAGCUCUGGGGGAGCUCGGAGCUCCCGACCACGGCUUUUUGGGGGGGAGCUCUAGCCGGGUGGGUAGAGCAGGGCUGGGUCCCCUGCAGAGACCCCAGAGGGCUCGGCAGGUGUGUCAGUGCCUGGGGACUCCGCGACCUCCUGCCUCCUGGGUGGGUGCCCUCCCCAGCUCCAACGCGGCUCCCAGGGAGAUCUCAGUGGAGCUUCAGAAACGCCGGACGGCUCUGCCUCUGCUGGAUGCCUCUGUCCCUGGGAGCCGAGAUGUGGGUGCCUGAGGUCCUGCUGCUGCUGCUGCUCCUGGCGUCAUUCACAGGCUGGUGCCGGCCGGGCGAGCUGGAGACCUCGGACCUGGUGACGGUGGUGCUGGGCCAGGACGCCAAGCUGCCCUGCUUCUACCGAGGAGAGCCCGGUGAGCAGGUGGGGCAGGUGGCGUGGGCCCGCGUGGACGCGGGCGAGGGCGCCCGGGAGCUGGCGCUGCUGCACUCCAAGUACGGGCUGCACGUGAGCGCGGCCUACGAGGGCCGCGUGGAGCAGCCGCCUCCACCACGGAGCCCCCUGGACGGCGCCGUGCUCCUGCGCAACGCAGUGCAGGCCGACGAGGGCGAGUACGAGUGCCGAGUCAGCACCUUCCCCGCCGGCAGCUUCCAGGCGCGGCUGCGGCUCCGCGUACUGGUGCCCCCCCUGCCCUCCCUGAACCCCGGGCCAGCGCUUGAAGAGGGCCAGGGCCUGACACUGGCAGCCUCCUGCACAGCAGAGGGCAGCCCAGCCCCCAGCGUGACCUGGGACACGGAGGUCAAGGGCACGGCGUCCAGCCGCUCCUUCAAGCACUCCCGCUCAGCGGCCGUCACUUCGGAGUUCCACCUGGUGCCCAGCCGCAGCAUGAACGGGCAGCCGCUCACCUGCGUGGUGUCCCACCCUGGCCUGCUCCAGGACCAGAGGAUCACCCACGUCCUCCAGGUGGCCUUCCUCGCUGAGGCCUCCGUGAGGGGCCUUGAAGACCAAAAACUGUGGCAGGUUGGCAGAGAAGGUGCUACACUCAAGUGCCUGAGUGAGGGGCACCCGCCUCCCUCAUACAACUGGACACGGUUGGACGGGCCCCUGCCCAGCGGCGUCCGCGUGCAGGGGGACACGCUGGGCUUUCCUCCGCUGACCGCCGAGCACAGCGGCACCUACGUCUGCCACGUCAGCAAUGAGCUGUCCUCCAGGGACUCCCAGGUCACAGUGGACGUCCUCGACCCGGAGGAGGCCCCGGGGAAGCAGGUGGACCUGGUGUCGGCAUCCGUGGUGGUGGUGGGGGUGAUCGCCGCGCUCCUGUUCUGCCUCCUGGUGGUGGUGGUGGUGCUCAUGUCCCGGUACCACCGGCGCAAGGCUCAGCAGAUGACCCAGAAAUACGAGGAGGAGCUGACCCUGACCAGGGAGAACUCCAUCCGGAGGCUGCACUCCCACCACUCGGACCCCAGGAGCCAGCCGGAGGAGAGUGUAGGGCUGAGAGCCGAGGGCCACCCCGAUAGUCUCAAGGACAACAGUAGCUGCUCUGUGAUGAGUGAAGAGCCCGAGGGCCGCAGCUACUCCACGCUGACCACCGUGCGGGAGAUUGAGACACAGACCGAACUGCUGUCCCCAGGCUCCGGGCGGGCAGAGGACGAGGAAGACCGGGAUGAAGGCAUCAAACAGGCCAUGAACCAUUUUGUUCAAGAGAACGGAACCCUGCGGGCCAAACCCACGGGCAACGGCAUCUACAUCAACGGGCGGGGGCAUCUGGUCUGACCCAGGCCUGCCUCCCUCCCCUGACCCUGGCUCCUUCUGCUGACCUGGGGAACCUUCGCUCAUCUCGGGGGGCCUCCCUCAACACCGUAUUUCUUGAGGAAGAUGCCCCCCAUCCCACUGACUGCUCGACCUUUUCCUCCAACCCUUCUGUUCGACGAUGGGGGGGUUGUCUGUCGGUUGAGUCCUCCCAGUGCGUGUGCCUGUGUGUGCGUGUGUGUGUGCAGGUCGCUGUGUGCAUGUGCGCUUGUGUGAGUGUCCACUCACGGUGUGUGUGUGUGUGUGUGUGUGUGUGUGUGUGCGGGGAGUGCCCGUGCCCACAUGUGUGUCGUGCUGUCCUGCCCGAGUCCAAGUGAACCGUGGUGGGUUUGGCUUGCGUGUCGUGUGGCUGUGUGACCUCUACCUGCAAACGCAGGUCAUCUCCUCAGACCCCAGAGCAGUAUUAAUGGCGCAGAGGUUGGAGGCGAGAGGUAGAGACGGUGGGGGGUCAGGUCCAGGUGUGCAGGCAUGGCUGGAACUGGAUUCUGGCCUCCUGGGUUGGGGAGCCGGGCUCCCAGGGCGGCAGAUACUGUGCCGCCAGCCCAGGGGUCCCCCAGAGGCUAGAGCUGUGAGCGGCGACGCCCCCGCCCUCUGGUGGCCUCGGUGGCCUCUGGGCCUGCUGCAUGUGCAUAUUUUCUAUAAAUAAACCUGCUGGAGGAGUUUCUUUAAGGAAUACUCCUCCAAAUACUUUAAUAAGAGAAACAAAUCUUUAAAAAAAAAAAAACUUUUGAUUGAUCUGAACGUUUGUCAUUACUUGGUUUGGUCAGAGCUGGGCCAGCGUAGGAAGUUGCAAAGCUGACCUCGCUCGACCCCCGCAGGGGGUUAACGCUGAUGCUUCUGCAAGGUGCUCCUUCAAGGCCCUGGGAUUCAGGCAGCUGCCCAGGAGGGAGCCUGGCGCUCCGGGGUCUGAGGCCGGGAUGUGAGCGCCUCUGUCCCCGGCUGCAGGGGGACAGGGUGGGGUCCUGGCUCCUUGGGGCCCCUCAGCCCUUGCCCUGGCUGCGUGUCUCUUCUUGGCUGCAUGCACGAUGCCUGUGGUCCCUGGGGAGGUUGCUGGGUGGGUGACAGAGCUCCUGCUUUGGUCAUGGUGUAGGGGAGACCCAGUAGGGAUUACAGACCCAGGGGGGCAGGGAGUUCGGGUAGGGCCAAGGAGCUGCCAAAGUGGGCCUCGGGGUCUCUAACCUGGGGCUCUUCUGACAGUUUCUGUGGGUCUGGGGGGGGGUCUACCUACGAUCCAGCGUUUCCCCUCUGACGCACUUGGCAAGAAAACCUAGACUGUGCCCAAACCCUCCCUGGCCUGAAAUCUGCUGGAUUUCUGGGCCAACGGAGAGAUGCCAUCCCUUGUUCCCCAGCCAGCCCAGGACUUUAACUGUGGAACCCAAAGAUCUGGGUUCCUGGUAUGUACAUUUUUUGUGUGUAAAUAUGUGCAUAUUUGUACAUAAAAAUGAUAUUCUGUUUUUAAAUAAACAGAUAAAAGCUG